UUUUUUUUUUUUCUUCCUACAAUUAUACAAUGUAUACAACUACUAAACGAUUUCCUACUUCAUGUCGAUUCUUUAGUCAGGGAAACUGUAGAUCAGGGCAAGAGUGCCAGUUUGCACAUAUUCUGCCUUUUAAUAAUACCUCAUCUAUACAGAUUCAACAGCAACAAGAUCUAAAUACUAUUCAAAAAACAAUUCGUAACUUGGAAUUAGAUCAAUUAGAAAAAAAAUACUCUGUCUUUUAUCAGAAUACAAUACAAAGAGAUUUAAACACUCUAAUAGAUUUGAUGAUACCGUUAGAAAAUAAAGAAAAAGAACUAAAAAUACAUAUGAUUAUUCCUCAUAACUAUCCAGAUGUUCCAUGUACGUUACAAAUUCAGAAUGAAGACAUGACUUCACAAAUUAAAAGUGAUGUUAAAGCAGCAUUUGAGGAUUGUGAAUGGCAUCAAAUGAAACAUAAGACAUUAAUACAACAAAUAGAUUGGCUUGUUGCUCAUUUUAAUACACUUUAAUAUUACAUUCCAUUAUACAAUAUCUAUUUUCUUCAAUAUAUACAUAUACAUAUAUACAUAUAUGUAUAUUCAUAUAUAUAUCCUUUUUAUUGUCGAGAUAUACAAUAAAUAUGUCCUUUUUGAUCUUUUUUUU